AUGAAGUUAAGCCGCCAGUUCACCGUGUUCGGCAGCGCGAUCUUCUGUGUGGUCAUCUUCUCGCUCUACCUGAUGCUGGACCGGGGUCACUUGGACUACCCCAGGGGCCCGCGCCGCGAGGGCUCCUUUCCGCAGGGCCAGCUCUCAAUGUUGCAAGAAAAAAUAGACCAUUUGGAGCGUUUGCUAGCCGAGAACAAUGAGAUCAUCUCAAAUAUCAGAGACUCGGUCAUCAAUCUGAGCGAGUCAGUGGAGGACGGCGCGAAAAGUUCACAAGGCAAUUUCAGCCCAGGUGCUGGCUCCCGCCUUCUGCCGUCACAGCUGUCCCUCCCGGUCCACCCCGAGGACUGUCAUUUUGCCACACGCAGUGGCAGUCAGCAUUCAGAUGUGCAGAUGUUGGAUGUUUACAGUCUAAUUCCUUUUGACAAUCCAGAUGGUGGAGUUUGGAAACAAGGAUUUGACAUUACAUAUGAGAGUCACGAGUGGGAUGAUGAACCCCUUCAAGUCUUUGUGGUGCCUCAUUCCCACAAUGACCCAGGUUGGUUGAAGACUUUCAAUGACUACUUUAGAGACAAGACUCAGUAUAUUUUUAAUAACAUGGUCGUAAAGCUGAAAGAAGACUCAAGGAGGAAAUUUAUGUGGUCUGAGAUCUCUUACCUUUCAAAGUGGUGGGAUAUUAUAGAUAUUCAGAAGAAGGAUGCUGUUAAAAGUUUACUCGAAAAUGGUCAGUUUGAAAUUGUGACAGGUGGCUGGGUUAUGGCUGAUGAAGCCACCCCACAUUAUUUUGCCUUAAUUGAUCAACUAAUUGAAGGACACCAGUGGCUGGAAAAAAAUCUAGGAGUGAAACCUCGGUCAGGGUGGGCUAUCGAUCCCUUUGGACACUCACCAACGAUGACUUACCUCCUGAAACGUGCUGGAUUCUCUCACAUGCUCAUCCAGAGGGUUCAUUAUUCUAUUAAAAAGCACUUUGCACAGCAUAAAACGUUGGAGUUCUUUUGGAGACAGAAUUGGGACCUGGGAUCUGUCACAGAUAUCUUUUGCCACAUGAUGCCCUUCUACAGCUAUGACAUCCCUCACACAUGUGGACCGGAUCCUAAAAUAUGCUGCCAGUUUGAUUUUAAACGGCUUCCCGGAGGCAGAAUCGGUUGUCCCUGGGGUGUCCCCCCAGAAACGAUAUAUCCUGGAAAUGUCCAAAGCAGAGCUCAGAUGCUCCUGGAUCAGUACCGAAAGAAGUCAAAGCUGUUCCGUACUAAAGUUCUCCUGGCCCCACUGGGAGAUGAUUUCCGCUACUGUGAAAACACAGAAUGGGAUUUACAGUUCAAGAAUUAUCAGCAGCUUUUUGAUUAUAUGAAUUCCCAACCGAAGUUUAAAGUGAAGAUUCAGUUUGGAACUUUAUCUGAUUAUUUUGAUGCACUGGAUGAAGCCACUAGAGAUGUGGGAAAGAAUCAGCAGUCGGCGUUCCCCGUUGUCAGUGGAGACUUCUUCACCUACGCCGACCGAGACGACCAUUACUGGAGUGGCUACUUCACAUCCCGACCCUUUUACAAACGCAUGGACAGAAUCAUAGAGUCCCAUUUAAGGGCUGCUGAAAUCCUUUACUACUUUGCCCUGAGACAAGCCCAGAGGUACAAGAUCAGCGCCUUCCUCUCGUCGUCGCAUUACACAGCUCUGACCGAGGCCAGGAGGAAUCUGGGGCUGUUCCAGCACCACGAUGCCAUCACGGGCACCGCCAAGGACUGGGUGGUGGUGGAUUAUGGCACCAGACUCUUUCAUUCACUAAUGGUUUUGGAGAAGAUCAUUGGAGAUUCUGCAUUUCUUCUUAUUUUGAAGGACAAAAACGCGUACAGCUCUUACAGCACUCAGUCUUCCGAAAGCUUCCUGAAGAUGGAUUUGAAACAAAAAUCACAAGAUUCUCUGCCACAGAAAAAUGUAUUAAGUCUGAGUGCGGAGCCAAGGUACCUCGUGGUCUUUAACCCUCUGGAACAAGACCGACUCUCGGUGGUCUCCGUCUACGUGAGCUCCCCCACAGUACAAGUGCUCUCUGCCUCUGGAAAACCGGUGGAAAUCCAGAUCAGCGCGGUGUGGGAUGCGGCAAGCACUGCUUCCCAGACAGCCUAUGAGAUCUCUUUUCUAGCACACUUACCACCGUUGGGACUGGAAGUGUAUAAGAUUUUGGAAUCGGCAAGUUCCAAGUCACAUUUAGCCAAUUAUUUCCUGUAUAAUAGUGAAACGGAAAUCAAAGGAAUUUUCAGCAUAAAGAACAUGAGAGGUGCUCCAGGAGACAUCACUCUGGAGAAUCCCUAUAUGACCCUUCAGUUUGGCCAAGCUGGGCUUAUGAAGAAAAUAAUAACUAAAGAAGAUGGCAAACACCAUGAAGUAAACUUGCAAUUCUCGUGGUAUGGAACCACAAAUAAGAGAGACAAAAGUGGUGCCUACUUGUUCUUGCCUGAUGGGAGUUCUAAGCCUUAUGUUUACACGGCGCUGCCCUUUGUCAGAGUGACGCGUGGAAGGAUUUAUUCGGAAGUGACUUGCUUUUUUGAACACAUCACCCAUAGCGUCCGACUGUACCACAUGCGGGGAAUAGAAGGACAGUCUGUGGAAGUUUCCAAUGUCGUGGACAUCCGGAAAGUGUAUAACCGGGAGAUCGCAAUGAGAAUUUCCUCUGACAUAAACAGCCAGAACAGAUUUUAUACGGACCUAAACGGCUACCAGAUUCAACCUAGAAUGACAAUGAGCAAACUGCCUGUUCAAGCCAACGUCUACCCCAUGACCACGAUGGCCUACAUCCAGGAUGCCACACGUCGGCUGACGCUGCUUUCUGCUCAGUCUUUAGGCGUUUCGAGUUUCACAAAUGGUCAGAUCGAAGUUAUCAUGGAUCGAAGACUCAUGCAAGAUGACAAUCGAGGCCUGGGGCAAGGCGUCCAUGACAACAAGAUUACACCGAAUUUAUUUCGAAUUCUGCUAGAAAAAAGAAGUAAUGUUAAAAUGGAAGAAGAAAAACAUGCUGUCAGUUACCCUUCCCUCCUUAGCCAUACAGCUUCAUCCUUCUUAAAUCAUCCCGUCUUCCCAAUGACAGAGAAGUUCUCCUUACCCACCCUGGAGCUUCUGGGCGAAUUCUCUCCGUUACUAUCAUCUUUGCCUUGUGACAUGCAUCUGGUUAAUCUGAGGACGAUAGAGUCAAAGGUGGGCAGCGGGUAUUCCGAUGAGGCAGCCUUCAUCCUCCACAGAAAAGGCUUUGACUGCCAGUUCUCUAGCAGAGACACCGGGCUGCUCUGUUCUACUACUCAGGGAAAGAUAUUGGUACAGAAACUGUUUAACAAGUUUACUGUUGAAAGUCUCACACCUUCGUCACUGUCUUUGAUGCAUUCACCCCCGGACGCCCAAAACGUAAGUGAGAUCAGCUUGAGUCCCAUGGAGAUCAGCACCUUCCGCAUCCGAUUGAGGUGGACCUGACUUUCACAUGUGGAUUGGGAAGCAUUGGCUUUGAUACCUUUCUUGGUUUGACGUGCAAUAAAGAAGCACAUUAUUUUAGCUUCUGGCUACUGUGAGAACACGAAAUCUGUGAUUUUUUUUUUUUUUUUUUUAAACCAAAAGAGAAAAAAAAAAAAAAAAAAAAAGCCAUGCUUUCAACCAGGUUUCUUUUUUUUUUUUUUUUAAUUUCUUUUUGAGUUCCUCCCGUGAGCUACCACCACCAGUACGAAUCGAUGCAACAAGUGAAGAAUUGUUUAAAGACAACCUCUCAACCGAUUGUAUCUCAGGUUAAAUGCUAACUCAUUCUGUCUGUGUUGGGGGUUGUGAAGAGUUCGUAAGUGGAUUUGUGUUGCAGGUCCUUCAUUAGUUUUACAAAAGUACCCACUUGAUCUCAAUGGAAUAAGAACACUGGUGGGUAAUAAUAGCUAAUGGCCAAAAUGGUUGCAGUCAUUCCUACAAGUUAGAAAAGUGUUGUGUGUUGAAAUAUGUGGAAAAGUGCAAUCCACCCACCCUUAUGAGAAACUUAGUUGAUUUUCUAAUGACCCUUCGGACCCCUUUCUUCCCACUCUUUGUAAGUAUUCCAGAAAUCUGAAUCGGAGUCAUUCAGCAGUAGAAAAAGAGGCAUAUCUUCAUUACUUGACAGUGUGGGAUAGGUGCAAUUUAUUCCAUUGUCACGAAAACAGAAGAAGCAAUUCCAUGGGUACCAUAAACCUAUUUUAGGUACCGCAAGGUGUCUUUUUACACAGCUCAUUUGAAUACAGGUGUUCUGAGAUGGGGUUUUCUAUUUUAAAAUUACCAUAUCAAAAUAAAUGUGCCUUAUUUUUUUAUAAGUCUUGUGAAAUCUUUUGGUGUCCAUAUUACUGUUGGGGGUGGGGGUGGGGGAGUGGGGGCCAGUGGGUUCUUUCUAUGACACAUGAAUUGUGUAACUGUUGCCUGACAAUGCUGGCCACAUUCUGAUCUGUUUCAUUAAGUCUGUGGUGAUGUUACUCUAAACAUUUUGACUAUUUGAAUGUACUGAGAUGUCAGAAAACAAAACAAGGAAGAGAAAUAUCGUGAAUUCCAAUAUGCUGCCAAGAAAACUGCAACUUGAAGCAAAGAUUUUGUAACAUGCACAGUCCCGAUACCAUUCGCAUUGCACAGGGGUUAACCAUAUUGAAGAGAAAAUGCUUUAAAAUCGACCGUGUGAAACCCACUUAGAUGCAGCCCGUUCUGACGUAUCUUCGUAAAGAACAGUGUUGGUUUAGUCAGUUCCAGACGUUUGUAUAUGCUAACCUCAAAAUGAAGUUCUAAGCCCGUGUGCCAUUACAAUACUCUUAAUAAAACUUCUGUGGGCUCAUUAUUCCUUCACGUUAAAAAACAGCAACAUCAGCAGUGUUCAGAACAUUCCCUUUCAGUUUGAAAAGGAUUCUUUUAGUGUGUACAGUUUUGAAAAUUCUGAGUUCCUAGACUUACUAUUAUCUGACUUUCAGCUUCCAUUUACCUCUUGUGAUUCCCACAUCUCUGUAGAGAAAUUAAAGCCUAAUUUCUGUUUCAUCAUGUAGUCCGGUGAUCAUGUGAAUUUUCACUCAAGAUGCAGCUCCUAAGAUUAUCGCUAAGUUAAAUUCAUAAACUCCUUUGCCUUUAAUAAUGAAGGAAACAAUACCAGUGUUGAUAACGAUAUUACAGGAGGAUAUUUUCAUGCAAUAAACAUGUACUGUAAGUUUCCUUCCUCAUAUUUUGGGAAUAAACAACUAAUAAAAGAAAGACAGACUUCCUUUGUGUGAACAUCUACAGAUGUUAAGAUUGCCAGAAGCAAAUCCCAGGAAUAAGAUCAGUGUUUUCAUUGCAUCUUAAAUAUAAAACCUUCCUCGGGGAGUUCACUGUGUUCUGUGGUUAAGUAGAUGUGCUUAAUCAUUCUGGAAAUUCUGAUCAAAUGAAAUUUUAAAAAUCAUGAUGCAAUAACAGUGGCUUUGCCACUUCUGGGUGUUAGAGAUGGUUGCGUCCCAUGUCAGUCGGGGUUUUAGUGUGUGUUGCCACCAGCUGUUCACAGGUAAAGCAGAAAUUCUCUUUAACCAGCAAUUUUCUGCUUCUUCAGUUAUUUUUAGAAUAAACCAUCAGGGAAAUGAAGAGAGGAUGCUUUUGCUUUGGGUUGUGGUCAAGAACUGAGUAAAUCAUUUUGUGUCUCUGACACUCAAACCGUACACUUCCGUUGUGAUCGCUGUGGCAUAUUUGGUUAGGUUUUAUGACUUUAUUAUCACAGAUGUUUAAUUGACCAAGUGCUUCAUUACUAUCACACGCUCUCUUGUUUUUCAUUUCUUUGAAAUUUUAGUUUGGGGUUAUAACUGCAGUGUUCAAGAAUUCAGCAUCCUUGUUUUCUCCAAAUACUGAUUAAAAUAAAAUGCUGUAAAAUGUGUUGUAAAAACAUUGUAAUUAUCUCCCAUGUCUUUGUUGUAUUCUGCUGAAAUGUUUUCACAUUCCUUUGUCUGGAAGAAAAUGUUUGCUUUUAUUUUGAUCAGUUUGUUCACCUUGGAAUCAACAGGUUUUGAUAUUUUCUCUUGGAAGAUUUUAUAUCUUUUUGGGAAUAUGUAAUAUAAGAUCUCUAAUAAAAGAUAAUCUUAUCAUGUG